AUGGUGAUGACAUGUUUAUGUGCUAGCAGCGUAUUAAUGGCCCAUGGGUUUUCAGCGUUUCAUAUAAAAAUGAUGUCUCUUCUCAUAAUAGUGGUGUCUCAAUUCUUCUUCUAUUGCUUGAUUGGCGAACAAUUUUCGACAAUGAACCAAAAAAUCGGAGAUUGCGUCUAUUUCAAAUUAGUGAAAUGCAAGGAUUCAAUGUUGUCUCGGGCUGGUCUUUUGAUAAUUAUGAGAACACAAAAACCGUUACAAUUAACUGCAAUGGGUAUCACCACGUACACAGCUUCGCUGUUCACAUUUACAGUUACGAUGAGGUCUGCUUACGCAGGACUCAAUGUGCUCUACAAUUCUUCAUAA